AUGGAAAGUCUCUGGAAGACACGAAAAACAGUCACGGCCAUCGCCUUAAUCCUUCUGUUCUUGCACGGCGUGGCCUCGAACGGAUUCGUCUCCCAUUACGCUGCGCAUCCCGGAAUGAGAUAUUCCAACGUGAGUUCGGAAACGGCAGAACCGACUCUCGGAGUCUGCGGCAUCAAGUGCGUGAUGCAGACGCCACCCUGCUAUGCCUUCAACUAUCGGGAAUCCGAUGGUUCGUGUCAGCUGGUUAUCAACGGGAGGAGCGGGCUCGUGGAAGCGAACGGAUUCAAGUCUUACGUUCAGAGACUGUGCCUGACGGAGCAUCCAGACAUCGCGAACGCCAGAGCAUCCUUUGACGGUUGGAGCGGAGAAUACCCGGCUCCGGCUGGGGGAAAGGUCUCUUUCCGUUGCGAGGCUGCGAAUGGAUUCUCGGAUGGUUCUUUUCUCCACGUGGCUACCUGCUCAUCUGUAUCACCAGAUACUUGGUGCAGCUCCUUCCAGGAAGAUGCAGUUCACUGUGAGCAAUCACAAGUAUCCAGAGCAACCGCAAGAAUCCAAACAGAUCACAAGUAUCCCGAGUGCCGAUUGACAGAAAAAGGAAGGGAAUACAUAGGGAGGGCGAAUAAGACAGAAUCAGGAAAAGAAUGUCUGAGAUGGGACAGUCAGCCCAACGGGAAACCAGAUGACUUUUUCCCCAAUGUGACCUACGAUGGCCACUUCACAAACCUGGAUGCCUGGUCUCACAAGAACUACUGUCGGAACCCAUCCGGGAAGGAGAGGCCCUGGUGCUUCGUCUCCCACCAAAUGGGAGUUCAAUGGGAAUACUGUGACAUUCCCAUGUGCACGGACACAAGUAAGACAUUAACAUAUGCUGGGUUUUCCCUUUAG